AUGAAGCUUCUUUUCAUUUUUUAUUCAUUUCUCUUCAAUUUCUCCUACGGGCGUUCAUCUGAGUUUUUUUUUUGUUAAUAAUUUAAGAUUUUUGUUCAAUAAGAGGAGAAAUGAGCGGGAACUAUUCAAUUCACUUGUGAAAAUUCGAGGUUUGGAAAAGCUCACGCUUUAUUAUUUUUUAAGUUUCCAGACUUUUUCCCCACCAUGGAUUCGAUUAAAAAAGCUGCCGAAGCGGUCCGCUUAGAAUCAAGAAAAACGUUAGAAUGGCGAUCUCCACUUACAGGCCUUUAUCUCAUGCUGAUGAACAGUGUUUUCUGGUGAAGCUUUUCUACUUUUUUCAAUCAUGAGUUCAUCAUACAGGGCUGUUUCAAUAUAUUGCGAUGAAAAACUGCAAGAAAAGGUUUUUAUUGCUUCGGCUGCUGGGAUAUUUGCUUGGGAUGUACUGCUGUCGCCUUCACAUGAGAACAGCAUCAUUAUGCACAUUCUUUGCUGGCCUAUAAAAUCCAUUUGGCGGGUGCGUCUCAAAAUCUUUUUUUUUCACUCUCAAGUUUUCGAAUUCACUUUUCUUAUCUCUUGAAUAAUUUUUCAAUUUGAUGAUUCAAGACAGCAGCAGUGUGUGGUUCUCUGUACAGCGCCAACGCCAUUCACAUCGAGGAACUACACAGAGCCCGCUGGACUGCAUUCGCCACAAGUUUGCUUAGUUUUUUUUUUCGAAUUUCGAUCAUUCUUUUUUUAAGUGGUUUGUUUACUGAUUAAUCCUGUUUGGGAAUACCACGAGAUAAAUUCACAAGUUUACGAAUUUUCGAGGGAAGCAGUAAAAACUCUGGCAUGGACAGCUGAUGUAAGUGCAAGAUACGAGUUGUUCUAAAACCACUUUAUUUUACAUAGGUGGCUAUUGUGAAACCGGUGAAGACAGUGUAUGAGUGGGCAAAAUACGUGCUUUUACUUCAAUUCCUUCCGCGUGAGUUUCGAAAAAGAAUUCUUAUUGUUUUAAUGAUCUAUCAAAUCACUGAAUUUUUUUCGUAAGCUUCUCAUGAGAUCGAUUUCAGCGUUGUGGGAGUUCAUUAAAAAAUGCGCGAUAAGGACUUAUUCUUCCAUUGCGGGGUUUCUCAACAAUAUUCUUCUUUUUUUCAAGUCGCUUUUCGCAUCUAUAUAUAAUUGGUCAGUUAAAUUCCACAAGAUAAUUUUUUCUUUCUCCUUGUUUGAGGAUUCAAGUUCAAAUUGUUGAGCGGAUAAAAAGAGCGUUUCGUUACGUAACUUCCUGGCUACGUUAUUGGUUUUUCGCUGAAUGGUGGCCAGAUCUGAAACUUUGGUUGAUCGUAAAGGUUAUUUUUCACGUUUCUGAUCAUUUCCUGAACUAUGAAAUCUUAUUUUCAAAAAAUAACAACACAACAUUUUUUACGCUUCCUUCUCUUUCCGUUUGGCAAUUAUUUACUCUGAACAGUGAACAGCCUUCUUGUUUUGUACAGUAGAGUUCAAAAUUCUAUAAUCAUUGAUCCGAAUUGGACUCUCAGUUUUAAUUUGUUUAGGUUGGACAUCCUCUACGUCGAGCUUUUAACUAUAUUUGUUACGGCUUGGUCUACGUUUUUUGUGGUUAUUGGGUUCCUCCUCUGACCAGAUGGGUCUUGGAAAAACUCAAAAGGCUCGGUGGUUUCAUCAAUCGAACGACGGUUCAACCAACUCUCAGGUAUCUUUCUUGUGCGGAAUCAGUUAUUUUUUCUUCAGAUUUCUGAAACGCCAGUUUGAUAAUUUCCGCCUAUGGCUUCGCAACAAACUCCAUCAGUUGGCAUUGGCUAUCCGGUGAGCUCACAUUACUUUCGGUCUUUUGAUAAAAGCUUGAAAUAUACAAGCUCAAAAAAAUAAAAAAAUAGGAACGUCGAGUUUUUCUGGUUCAAUAAUAUGUUUUCGAAAAACAAAUUCAAAAAAUAGCGAUGAAUUUGAUGUUCUAUUUUCCACCGUAGAAAGUUAUUGACUGCAAUUUUUACUGAAAAGCGUUCUGUAUGUUUUGCCAAAAAGGCUUCUAUACCAUUUGAGUAAUUUAGAGACUCUGUACUGUGGCCGAUUUGCGUUCUGGUGGUCGACGCGACGAAAUCCGUUCUCGCUCUGUGCUACUCGAUUCUUGUCGAGGUUUUCUUUUCACUUCCGUUUUGCAUGUUCGGCCAUCGUGUUUUUCAGCCCGUUCUGGUUUAUAUGCACGGUAAGUACAAAAUCGUAGAAACGGCAGUGCUCGUCUACCUUCUUGGACCUGUGUGCCAGACCGUCAUCGAACACAUUCCCGAGAAAAAUCCGCUCUGUGGUGAGAAUCCGCUCGUAGCCUCUCAGACUGAAUUGCGCUUCAGAGGAAAGCGACGUGGAGUUGGAAGGAUUCCUACCGGAGGACAAGGACGUCGUCGACGACGACGAUAAUUGCACAUCCUCCUCGAUUUCCUCUCCUCCGUCGCCCCUUCCAGGUCAGUUUCUCGUGAUAUUUCUUCAAAAGGAAUGAAAGAAAAACUUUUUAUUUGUUGUCACGUUCUGUUUCCCUGUUCACUUGCAGGAUAAGACUGAAAGAAACAGAGAGGAUUUUUUGGUGUUAGAGUAACUCUUUCAAAAAAUUCAAUUUCUGGAGACUGUUAAAAACAUAUUUGUAUGAGGUUUAGACUUUUUUUAAGUGCACCAUAAAGUUUUUUCCUAGUCAAAUUCGACGCUGACAUGAAAGAGAUGUUUCAAGUUUUUCGUUUCACUCUAUGUUUUAGAAGAAGAAGAAGAUUUCGUGGCUGGUCUCAAGUUUCCGGCAGUCUACGCCUCCGAAUCAAGUGACGACGAAUUCGACUUGCCGGUCGUGAAGGUUAUUUCCUUGGUACUAUCGAAUUUUCACUCACUGAUUUUUACAGAAAGUAACACGACGACAAAAAAUCGUAGACCAGGGUUCCUCGUCGCCUUAA